CAUGAACGGCUGGGCUUUGAGCCAUUCUGUCAUGCAUGCAGUGCACAUGCAAAAGGGAAGUUCCACUCUGCUACCACACAUGUCAUUUUAGGUUCUUCAUCUUUCUUGUACAUACGCACACGCAUACACAUACACACACAAACGCACUUAUCAAGGAGUACACAAGUUGUCAAGUGUACCAAAUAACUACCCAAACUUAUAUGACCAAAAGGAAAAAGCAGACAAAUCACAGUUCUAGGUAAUGUGAUACAAGAGGUGUGAAAACAAUCAUGUACAAGGAGAGGAGAAGAAGUCGAGAACAGGAAGAAAGAAAAAAACUGUGUAGGAAAUGAGAAUUCAGAGGCAGAAGUACAAGUGGUAGGUGUAAAUGUCGUGAGAACGAGAGAUCAGGCAAGCAGUGAAGGCUUCCAGACACGAAUGAGCUUUCAUUUUACAGGCAGCCAAUGUGAAGAGGAGGACUGAAGCUGACUGUUAAAAAGCUAAUGAAAUAUUGGACUCGACAAAAGCUGGGAUAUGGGGGAGAGCAGUAUCUGUCUGGUGAAAGCGUCGGUCAUGAUGUACGAUGACCACAACAAGCGCUGGGUGCCAGCAGGGUCCGAUGUGGCCUGCGUCAGCCGUGUCCAGAUCUAUCACAGCUCAGCAGCCAACACCUUCAGAGUGGUGGGUCGCAAACUGCAGGCUGAUCAGCAGGUUGUACUCAACUGCCCCAUUGUUAAAGGGAUGAAAUAUAACCAAGCCACACCGAAUUUCCAUCAGUGGAGGGAUCCCAAACAGGUGUGGGGGUUGAACUUUGGGAGUAAAGAGGAAGCUUCUGUUUUUGCCAACUCCAUGACACACGCACUAGAAGCUCUCAACGCAGCACCUGUCACAGAAGCUCCAUCCGUACCAAAGCUGGAUCAGCAAAAAAGGUAGAAUGUUUUUCUGAAGGUUUCCAAGACUACUGCGUGUUCUUCUUUGGGUUGGGAGGAGGCCAGGACAUCGUUCACUUUUGUCUGGUUGCUAAUGGUUCAGUUCUGGUUUUGUGGACUGGGUUUGGUUUGUUAUACCUCCUUUAAUAUCCACAUUUUGGGCCAGACUACAGUACUUUCCAGAAGCUGUCCCAGUUCUGGCUGAUGAAAAGUCCAAAAGUCCAGAACCCAUUACAGGACAUGUGAUCCUUGUGUUUGCCUUUCCUCAGACUGGAGGAACAGAGGCCGGACCCUCCUGCAUGCCCU